GGUUAAAAAGCAGGGAUUAUGUUAUCCCGUACGAAUGCUUUGCAGCAAUUACCUACAUAAUGAGUAAAUUUACAUUUUCCAGCUCGGGAGGACUUCAGCCGCUUUUCUGUUUUUAAAUGCUAAUGUGUCGUCUGGGUGGUCUUGAACAUGCCCGGCAGCCUACUUGAUUUUCCGGAAACACCACUGAUGUAAUCAAUCUGCGACCGAAGUCAGGGAAUGAAGGACAUCGAAAGAUGAUUGGUAUUCCUUAUAAAACACGUGUAUUCAUAAAUUUGCGAAGAUAAUAGCUGGCUAAUUUAGCUAGCUACCUAGCCAGCUUCUGUAUUGUUACUGUAAGAUGGAAUCAUCGGGGACUCGAGCAAAAAGGUUGUAAACUGAAACUUGAACACGUAUGCACCCUAGAUGUAGAUGAAGUUGGCCCCUGAACAUAUGCAAGAUGGCUACUGAGGCGCCUGUUUCUGCAACUGGUGCUCAGAUACCAAAACCAGCACCUAGGGACUACUACUGGGCUCGCUCGUUUCUAGCUGGCGGCGUUGCAGGAUGCUGUGCCAAAUCCACCAUUGCUCCUCUGGACAGAGUGAAGAUAUUACUGCAGGCGCAGAAUCCCCACUACAAACACCUUGGGGUCGUCGCCACUAUCCGCGCCAUACCAAAGAAAGAGGGCUACCUCGGCUUGUACAAGGGGAACGGAGCCAUGAUGGUCAGGAUAUUCCCAUAUGGAGCCAUUCAGUUUAUGGCCUUUGACAAUUACAAGAAGUUGCUAAGCAAACGGCUUGGAAUCUCUGGACACAUACAUCGGCUUAUGGCUGGAUCUCUGGCUGGAAUGACAGCAGUAAUUUGCACUUACCCCUUGGAUGUCAUCCGUGCCCGGCUGGCAUUUCAAGUGAAAGGGGAACACAGAUACACAGGCAUCGCCAACGCCUUCCUGACCAUCUACCAGAAGGAAGGAGGCGUCUCUGGGUUUUACAGAGGGCUAACACCCACCAUUAUUGGCAUGGCGCCAUACGCAGGCUUUUCGUUUUUCACCUUUGGCACCCUGAAGACUUUGGGCCUGGCCCACGCUCCGGAGCUGCUGGGACGCCCCUCUUCAGACAACCCGGACGUCCUGGUGCUGAAGACCCACGUUAACCUGCUGUGCGGCGGGAUAGCCGGAGCCAUUGCACAGACCAUAUCCUAUCCUUUGGAUGUGGCUCGACGCAGAAUGCAGCUGGGGGUCGUCCUCCCAGACUCUGAAAAAUGUCUUACUCUGACCAGGACCUUAAAGUACGUGUACAGCCAGUUUGGCGUGAAGAAGGGGUUGUACCGCGGCCUGUCGCUCAACUACAUCCGCUGCGUGCCCUCCCAGGCUGUGGCCUUCACCACCUACGAGUUCAUGAAGCAGGUCCUGCACCUCAACUGACUUGGGCCAACCCAAAAAAAGACUCCGCCGACCCCUAUGCCAGGGGGCCGGUUGCAGGCGCCUGAACGAGAGCGAGAGGGAACCAGCGAGGUCCUGCGCAAACGCUUACCCCCACCCCCCCCGAACCCGCGGGGACAUCGCAACCGCCAUUCCGCCACCAACUGCCCGCGUCAGCCCUUCGUACGCAGCACUGAAACGCCCUUUUAAAGCGCCAUUUCACCCACAGUCCAUGGAUAUACCACUUUCUACCUUCUGAAACCAUGUGCUACUUAUCCAAAGAAGGCAAUCUAGUCAAUUGUCUAUCUACACGAACCUUACACACACCAACGGUUAGCAUCGAUGUCCGGAAACAAUGCGAGUCUAAUUACCUGUGCGUUGCGUGCUUAAAACUGCAUGACAAAAGAAUUGACUCCUGGCAACUGUUGGCGAAGUUGCUCAGGCUUGUUCAUUUGGAAGUGUGACGUCAAACGUGGCUGUGUGACAUGAUCGGAAAGGUUCUCGUUGGCUUGUCUGUAAUGUUCAGGCACUGAUACAACCUUUGCUAGCUGUCGAUGGAUUUGAUGAAAGACGUUGUUUGGAUGCCAACUGCUCUCUUUUGUAGCCUUUUGUUGAUAGGCAACUGUCACUAAGGGCAGUAAAGUCAUCAGCUGUCUAAGCUGGAUUUUAGAUUGAUACUAAGCAAACCCCCCCCUCCCCAAAAAAACAUAUUAUACCAUGGCAACACUUUGAGCUGCACUCUAUGAAAUCAUAUUUGCAGCAGAGGAUGAUGGGUAAUGUUGUCCAUGCAAUCUGCCUUGUCACUAGGCUCCAUAGAUAGCUUCUUAUUUUACAAGACACUGCCUGUCUGGAAAUUUAAUGAAAUGAUAUGACUGAUCUUUAUAAGCUUAUAUUUAGUCUUCCUUGUCGUUUUAUUAUUUAUGUGUUCCAUUUCAGUAAAUUAAUGUAAUUAUCAGUUUUAAAUGUCACAGCUGGUGUGUGCACUGGAAGCUCAGUGGAAUGGGAGAUGCUUUCUUUCAUUUGAAUGUUGGGUGCCAGAUUUGGCCUGAAUGCUGAGUGGAUGGGGGGCAGGGGGAAGCGGUCAUGUUACAUCACAGGAAGUUGCAGCCAUGACCCCCCACCCCUCCCCAUUUCCUUUUCCUUUGAGCAGCCUAGUUUAGUAGCAGCUGUGCAUGUCAUCACAUCACUGUAAUUCUCAGCGUCAGAUUGUGCUCUUUAAACACUCUGGUAUAUGGUUACUCAUUAUUUAAUCUCUUGUAAGACAAACGACGUCUUACCGCUACAUCCUCUGACACUUUAAUGGCAAUAGUUGUGCUCUGUCAUUUGUUUUGCGGGCUCUGGUGCACUUGAGAAAUUAUGAAUACGAUUCUGAAUUAUUCACAUUUCACCUGUUAUUAUUAAAUAUUAAUUCAUGAGUAAUUCAUGUGGAAAUGUAUGUGAUGAAGAGGUUUGAUCUUAAAUCCACUGUAAUGGGGUCCAAUGCCAUUUCUAGUAUAUGAUAGCCAGCUAUAUUAAGGUGUAGUAUUGGAAAAAGGUAAAAAGAACAAAAAAAGGUUCCGUUUCUUUUAGAAGAUGCUGUUGUCAUGGUCACUGUGUACUUGAAAGAGUUGUCUUUUUACUAAUUUAAGGAUUUUUUUCAAAGAAACGGGUUGUAAAUCUGAUCUCAGUUGACUGAGUGGCAUUGAUUAAUUAGUAUAUAAGGAUUUGUGUUUGCACUCAUAGGAAGCCUUCGCUCUUUAGUUUUCAUUUCAGCCAUCAGAACUGUUCUCUGAGAAGGUUAUUGCAUUACCUGAUUUCAAGGGCAGUAACGGGUAUAUAGGUAUAUAUAUAUAUAUAUAUAUAUAUAUAUAUAUGAAUAUAUAUUUGUAAUGGACAAAUAUAUAUGGUACCUUUACUAUGUUGCCCUAUAAAUUGAUUCCCACCGCAGCCUACACUUCCCUGAGGUGUGGUUCUGCAUUGCAAUAAAUUCAGCAAACUAAUAACCGUUCUAUUAGUCUUUUUAUGAAUCUGCUCACAUUGUUCUUCCCUUAAGGGCCCAUCGAUUGGAAGGGUGUUUAGGUUUUUUAAAAUGACGAUUCGUUCAGCUGGGCCCUGCAUUUUAAUCAUGCGGUGCAGAACCCCUGAAGAUUCCCAAACUGCUUUCAAAUUGAGGUUGUCCACCUGCCACCAUCGAGGACUUGGUGUUUGUUUGAAAUGUUUGAAAGUGGUCGUUUGUUUAUAGGCACAGGUUGAUUUCCCCUGUAAUCCUGGCCGAAUCCAAUCUCAAGUCUUCUCCGCAGCACUGAUGAAAAUGUCUCGCUCCAAACAA